AUGGGCUAUGAGGGAACCUCUGAUAUGGGCUCUGAGAGAACCUCCGAUAUGGGCUCUGAGAGAACCUCUGAUAUGGGCUCCGAGAGAACCUCUGGUAUGGGCUCUGAGAAAAAAUCUAAUAUGGGCUCUGAGAGAACCUCUGAUAUGGGCUCUAAGAGAACCUCUCAUAUGGGCUAUAAGGGUACCUCUGAUAUGGGCUCUGAGAGAACCUCUGAUAUGGGCUCUGAGAGAAUCUCUGAUAUGGGCUCUGAGAGAACCUCUGAUAUGGGCUCUGAGAGAACCUCUGAUAUGGGCUCUGGGGAACCUCUGAUAUGGGCUAUGAGGGAACCUCUGAUAUGGGCUCUAAGAGAACCUCCGAUAUGGGCUCUGAGAGAACCUCUGGUUUGGGCUCUGAGAGAACCUCUGAUAUGGACUCUGAGAGAACCUCUGAUAUGGGCUCCGAGAGAACCUCUGGUAUGGGCUCAGAGAAAAAUUCUAAUAUGGGCUCUGAGAGAACAUCUGAUAUGGGCUCUGAGAGAACCUCUCAUAUGGGCUAUAAGGACCUCUUGUAUGGGCUCAGAGAAAAAUUCUAAUAUGGGCUCUGAGAGAACAUUUGAUAUGGGCUCUGAGAGAACCUCUCAUAUGGGCUAUAAGGGUACCUCUGAUAUGGGCUCUGAGAGAACCUCUGAUAUGGGCUCUGAGAGAUUCUCUGAUAUGGGCUCUGAGAGAACCUCUGAUAUCGGCUCUGAGAGAACCUCUGAUAUGGGCUCUAGCGGAACCUCUGAUAUGGGCUAUGAGGGAACCUCUGAUAUCGGCUCUGAGAGAAACUCCGACAUGGGCUCUGAGAGAACCUCUGGUAUGGGCUCUGAGAGAACCUCUGAUAUGGACUCUGAGAGAACCUCUGAUAUGGGCUCCGAGAGAAACUCUGGUAUAGGCUCUGAGAGAACCUUUGACAUGGGCUCUGAGAGAACCUCUGACAUGGGCUAUAAGGGAACCUCUGAUAUGGGCUCUGAGAGAACCUCUGAUAUGGGCUAUAAGGGAAACUCUGAUAUGGGCUCUGAGAGAACCUCUGAUAUCGGAUCUUCGAGAACUUAA